UAUCCCUCAUUUCAGUGGAAUCAUCUCAAAUCGUGGUUCACGAUACUCAUCGAGACACCUGCGCCCAGGGUGAGGGCUCGGACACAGACAGAUAGACCUAUAGAUACAUCUCAACCCUAACGAUGGCGAUGCAGCCGAUCAUGGCGGUGGUUCAUGGCAUUGCCACCACACACGCCGCUCUACUACCCUACCUCCUCCUCCUCCUCUCCACGCUCCUCCUCAUCCUCCUCCUCAUCAUUUUCAUCGCCUGUAAACCAUGGCGAUUUUUCUCUCGUAAUCUCCGUUCGCAGACCAUCAAGGCCACCGCAUCCUCCGAUGUUGACGAAGACGUACAACAGCCUCUCGUUUCUCAAGAUUUAGAGAGCAACAUCACUGAGCAUUCUAGCAAUUCCGCUUCUGAAGAUUCAUGUCAUCAAACUGAUGGGCUGCAUCUCAGUUCACCGCGAACCCAUGGCCCCACUCAUAAACACAGGCUUCCACCCACUCCUUCGCAAUUGUCACAUGGUGACACCCUUAUGUUUGAUAUGUCUGACCAUUCUGAGGGUGUUGUGAUUGGUCAAACUUUAAAGCGUCCUUCCGGAGAACUAAAAUACGAUGCAAAGGAUGAUACGAGUUACAGAUCGAAUAAUAAUGGUAGUUCCAGUCAGUCAGUAUCUAGGUCUUCUGCAUAUCAAAGAAGCAUCCUUAAUUUGGAGGUUAUAUCUGGUCCGUCGUGCGGUGCACAUUACUUUGUACAAUCAACAGACAGGUCUAAGCUCCCGUUGACUCUCGGAAGAGUUUCACCAAGUGAUGUAUUAGUUGUAGAUUCUGAAGUAUCGGGAAAGCAUAGCAUGAUUAACUGGAACCUGAAUAAGUUGAAAUGGGAGCUGGUUGACAUGGGUAGCUUGAACGGAACUCUCUUGAAUUCACGCGCAGUUCACCAUCCUCAAACCGGUAGUAGAAACUGGGGUGAUCCGGUGGAGCUGAGUAGCGGAGACGUAAUCACUCUUGGCACAACUUCAAAGAUAUCCGUUCAAAUUAAUAAGCUUCCAUUUGGAAUUGGAGUAGUGUCAGAUCCAAUGUGUGCGCGUAGAGGUGGUAAGAAACUACCAAUGGAAGAUGUAUGCUAUUGCCAUUGGCCUUUGUCGGGGGCUGAUCAGUUUGGACUGUUUGGCAUAUGUGACGGGCAUGGCGGAGUGGCUGCUGCCUCAUCUGCCAGCAAAUUAAUGCCUGAGAUGGUUACUAGAAUCUUAUCAGAUACGCUUAGAAGAGAGAAGGUUUUUUCACGGUGUGAUGCUUCAGAUGUUCUUCGAGAAGCGUUCUCUCAAACAGAAGCGCAUUUGGACCACUUAUAUGAGGGUUGUACUGCAACAGUGCUUCUAAUAUGGGCUGAUGGUCAUGACAAUUACUUUGCUCAAUGUGCAAAUGUUGGAGAUUCAAGCUGUAUUGCAAAUAUCGAAGGGCAACUCGUUAAGAUGUCGGAAGACCAUCGCAUAUCCAGUCACACUGAAAGACUGCGGAUGGCAGCAGCUGGAGAACCACUCAAGGACGGGGAAACACGACUAUGCGGGUUAAACCUUGGACGAAUGCUGGGAGACAAGUUUCUUAAGCAGCAAGAUGCGCGAUUUAGUUCUGAACCUUACAUAAGUCAGGUCGUGUACAUGAAUUCAGAAAGCCGUGAUUUUGCUAUAAUGGCCAGUGACGGGUUUUGGGACGUGGUUAACACGAAGAAGGCCAUGCAAAUUGUCCAUCAGGAAAGAGAGAGAAAUGCUGCGAGUUCUGAACAUAGUUCAACAGAAAGGAUUGCCGAGGCGUUGUUGGGUGAGGCUAGAUCACAGCGUACGAAAGACAACACAUCUAUAAUUUUCUUAGAUUUUGACGUAUACGAUUCUUGUAAACGUGACGAUGUAUAGAAUAAUAAAGUUGACAUCUAAUUUAUUAUUAUUUUUGUUAUAUGUAAAAUAUAGCUUAACACUUGUUGAAAGGUGUUUUUGUUCAUAUAUAGGGAAAGUUGCACCUUG